AUGCCGAGCUUCGGCGGAGCUCCAGCCAAUCCGGCCAUGCUAAUGGCAUCCUGGCUUGCAACCUUGCAAAUGUGGAGUUCUGGCGCAGAUGGGAGGGCUGCAGUGGUGGAAUUCGUCGAAGCCUUGCCGGCAGUGACACUGACUUACGCUCAAAGUCUAGAUGGGUCUAUCGCUGCAGCCGGCAACCAGCGGGUGCCGAUCAGUGGGCAGCAGAGCAUGGUCAUGACCCAUCAGUUUAGGACCAUGCAUGAUGCCAUUCUGAUCGGAAUAGGCACCCUCCUUUCUGAUGAUCCGAUGCUGACGGCACGACUGGUUCCUGGGCGGAGCCCUCUUCCGGUCGUGCUGGAUUCGCGGCUACGGUCGCCUCCUACGUCACGUCUAGUACUUGGAGCUGCUGAGCGAGGCGGUGGCACAGGCCUUGUGAUUGUCACUACAGAAGGUGGCUGCGAGGAGAAGCGCCAGCGAGCCAAAGAGCUGGCAUCCGUCCCUGGGGUGCAGAUACUGGCCAUGCCCGAAAUCGAGGGCCGCCCUUCGCUGCAUCAUGUGCUGAGCACUCUUCGAGCGAGAUUCGGCUGCACUUCUCUUAUGGUUGAAGGGGGCCGUGCAGUAAUUGCCAGCUUUCUGGCCAAUCCACAGCUUGUCAGCAAUUUCGUCGCUACGGUCAGCCCGAAAUUCAUUGGUGGGCUCGGCCCUGCGACGGAGCUGGCUAAGAGCCAGUCUGCAACCUCGCUGAUGAGCCUUCAGGGAAUGCAGAGCUGCACGGUUGGAGAAGACAUUGUGGUGUAUGGGACCCCGGCGGGCGAAAGGACUCCGCCUGCCAAUUCCGAAGAUCAGCAGCCCAUCGAGCAUGUGAGCUUGCAGAGUAGCUGUCGCAUGUGGAUCGAGGUCUACAGCACCAGCAAGCCGGGGCAGGAGAUCGUUGCUUUGAUCAAAGGCCAAGUGGUCCGUGUGCACUCUGAGUGCUUCACGGGCGACGUGCUGGGCUCCAAGCGCUGUGACUGCGGACCUCAACUCCACAGCUUCCUGCACGUCCUUCAAAUGGAGACGAACGGCGUGCUCCUCUACAUACGAGGUGAUGAAGGCCGAGGUAUCGGCCUCGUUGACAAGAUUCGAGCGUACGAGCUCCAGGAAAAGGGAUUGGACACCGUGGACGCCAAUCUCUCGCUCGGGCUAGCUGCAGACCUGCGGACUUUUGAGGGCUCGCGGAAGGUGCUCGAGGGCCUCGGCGUGAGGUCCAUCCGGUUGUAUACUAACAAUCCUGAGAAAGUUCGCGCACUCCGGCCUCUCGCAUGUGAGAUCUGCCCUAUCAACUGCACGCCCAACGAGCACAACAUGAGCUACUUGCUCACAAAGCGAAAUCGGCUUGCCUGUUUGCCUAGCGGCUUUGGAAUAUGUACCAAGUCCUUUCGUCCGUAUGUCGGAUCAGUUACUUCCAGUGUCUGUAGAUCACAACGUUUCUGCAAUUUCUUGACCUACCGUGUUGCAAGCGGGAUCUCUGCCAUGAUUGAUGCGCUGCGUGCUGCCCAUGCCGCCCAAGCCGCCAAAGUGCCAGCCGCCACUGCGACAGCCGCCAAAGAGCCAGCUGCGUGCGCCCCAAAGCUGGUGAACGUUCUGGCGGAGUCGACCUUCAUGCAGGAGGAUCGACAUGUGAAGAUCCCGGACCUCACGAAGGCGGCCCAAGCACUGAAGAUGCCCAUCGACCACUUGGAGCAGCCCUGUGCCUUCCUGGCAGUUUAUGACGGGCACCGCGGUCCCCUUUGCGCCGAGUUUGUGGCAAAGUCUAUGCAUCUCAGACUCCUGAAGCACCUCUCCCAGCCAUCCACGAAGAGUGGCGAGGAAAUCGGCUUAGCACUGAAGGCAGCCUGCCAAGAGUUGGACGAAGAGUUCCUCGCCAAGCAUCGAACUUCCGUUGAUGGCUGUACGGUCGUUAUGGCACUACUGACGGGCUCAACGCUGUGGGUAGCGUGGCUUGGUGAUUCGCGGGCACUUCUAUGCAGAACAACUUCAGCUGGAGCUGUCGCAACGGUCGCUCUCACACAGGACCACCGUCCCAGUGCCGCAGCAGAGGUAGACCGGGUGAAGGAAGCGGGUGGGAUGAUUGUGAAUUUUGAUGGCGCGAAGCGGGUGGCUCACGCAGGCUUUGACAAUCAGAUUCGAGAGCUUCGUCGUGCCAAGGCGGCUGGCCUCGGUGCCGUGGGGCGGCCUCCUGUGGCUUUGGCCGUCACGCGGGCUUUGGGGGAUCGUGAUUUCAAGGUGGACAAACCUCUUCUCAUCGCCACGCCCAGCGUUCGUAGCUUCCAGCUGGAUGCCUCUGUGCGUUUCAUUGCUCUCAUGUGCGAUGGAAUCACAGAUGUUCUGAGCAAUGAAGAGAUCAUCUUCGAGCUUGAUUUCCUGCGAGAUGCGGCGGACGCAUCAGCCAAUGCCCGGAAAGCCUGUGGCGAGUUGGUGCAGAAGGCGUAUUCUCGCGGAAGUCAAGACAACCUGACGGUCGUGAUGGCGUUCUUUGAGUGGGAGGGAGCCGAGAAGCGGAAACUCUCCGGAGCCGUGGGCCCGGUCGAGGUCCCGCCAGCGAAACGGGCUCGCACGCGUCCAAGCAGCUCUGUGAACGCGGGCAAAGUGGAGCCCACGGACAAGAUGGCAGUUGCUGCCACCCCACCUGUGAAUUAUCCGCGGGGCGAGCCGCUGGGCCUUCGCGAUGCGCAGAGUGCCGACCUUGGCAUGAAUGGUUCUGACUGGUUCUGGCAGUGUGGGAACGUUCUUGUUGACGCUUUGGUCCUGUCUUGCGGCCAUGACCUGUGCCUGAGCUGCGCUGCCAGCGCCCUGCGGCAGACGCGGUCGCUGAGUGGCCGGCAGAACUGCGCAAAAGGGCCGACUGAGAAUGAGUGGAGGACCAGUACUUGGAUCCUGGGUGCCAAGUACAGACAUGCCCCCAUCAUGCCAACUGACAGACCAGGCGUUGUGCUGCUUGUUGGCAGAUGCCAGACAGAUGCAUUUAGCGUGUUCAUUAGCAAGCCCACCUGGGGCUUGUCAGUCUUGGCAGGCUGGUCUGCAUCCAGCAACUGCUACCUUGAAAAGGUUGAUUCACAAAUAUGUCCGCUUAGUAACCUUAGUAGCCGUGAGUGCAUGGUCACCAGCCACCUCUGGGGUCGGCAAACUCGGGAGCUCGCGAUGGCGCGCUUGCUUAUCUAUUUCUUUGGCUUGCUGGAGCACGGGGAGCGCAGGCGAUUUCCGAAGCGCCUCCAUGUGCUGGUGCUAAGGCAGGGCACCGAGGUAUUCAACUUACUGUGGCGUCACAGCGAGCAGAAGCUAGGUGGCUUGGCCGCGGUGGCCCUGCUGAUCUCUCGCGAGAUUAGUGGAUAUGACAGGCCAGAUCGCUUUGUUAUUGUCACUUCUCCCAGCACGCGAAAUGUGUUGUGGGCCCCGCUGCCAUCCUUGCACGACCUAACCUUGCCAGCGCAGGAUCGAUGGAUUCCAAAUGCACAAAUUCUCAUUGACGGGAAAGCCAGCAAGUGCUGGGGCUGGACGUGCUCCGAGCGCUCAGAUCGUGGGCUUGAAGAGCCAACCGGGCUCGCGCUCUACCAGAGAGGCGGGGGAUCUGCAUUGCUUUACAUUUCAGACCCAAAGGUUGGCUUCGUGUAUCGCUAUGAGGUUUGCGGCUCAGCUUUGGCGUUCACUAAGGCCGCAGAUAGGAAAGCCUCUCGGCCUGUUGGCAGCCGUUUGUUGGGACGUUCCAUGGAUUCGGAUUCGCUUGGGUUCUGGGCACAGGUGCGGAAGUCUGACUUGAAGAAAAUCACGGAUGCUCCAACUGUGGAUUGGAGCGAUUUUUUGCCCGACUUUGACUGCAAGCUGGGGUCAGGGGCAUAUGGCGAAGUGUCCCCUGGCAGCAAAAGUGGCUGUCCCAGGGUCCUGUUUGGUUUUGUACAACGAUUGCCCUGGCAACUUCGUUCUGUCAGGUAUCAAGUCCAGGGCAAACCACAUCUGGUCAUGAAGAUCUUCCAGCGAGCAGACUGGAACGAGAUUCAGGCCGAGACAUCCUUUGCACGGGUUAUGACGCUCAGUUUCGAUGAACACGUGACAAGUCUGCUGCCCAUGCAUGUCAAGCUCUGCAGCAUGUUUGUGUGGGUUGCCAACAUGAGGAAAGCACGCUUCCCUAACCACUUCGUCGAUUGCCUUGGCGUGGGCAACGUUCCUGAAAAAGAUGGCUCGAUGUUUGCCGUCUUUGAGCGUGCUCUUGGCAAGACACUUGAUUCUGCGGCUCACCGCUUUCGUCAUGAGGAUGGCAUUCGCCAUGUCUCGGAAGCCUUGGCAACGCUAGAGGAAUUGCUUACUGCAAAGCUGAAUAUGAUGCACCCUGAUGAGUCCGGGCGUUUGCACAUUCAUGUGGACCUGAAGCCGGAUAACAUCAUGUAUUCGGCGGAGUCUGGUGCAGCCAAGUUGACCCUCAUAGACUACGGGUUGAUCCGAACUUGUGCUCACGAUGAUGCAGAAGCUCAGUCUUCAGCGCUACAGCUGCUCCGAUGGUUCGGUUGGCAGUUUUUGUGGAUGCUUGCCUCAGAGGCAUUCAGCGUUGAUAAUCCUGACAAGAACCCCUGGCAGCAGCUUCCCGAUGGCUUUCGACCCUUUUUUCAGCCUUCGGAUCUGAGACCAUCGGCUUACAGGAGUCAGAACUUGACGCCGCAGCUUCUCUCAGAUGCUCUGAAGGAUGGCUUUUUCGACCAGGUGAUGUCGGCACCCUUCCGGAAGCAGUGGAAAUCUGCCCAGAAGGCCAAGUCACAGAUGGGCAAGAUGCUAGGUGAUCUUUUCUAUGCAGUUGCUUGGGCCAGCGAUUGCGCAGGGCCCAUGCCCGACUUCAAGCAGCUCAGAACCGACAUUCAGGGCUUGCGUGCGUCUUCUGUCUCUGCGUCUUGGCGUGGUCUUCAAGCAGAUUCCCAGCAGCUGAUAGCCAGUGAUCUGAAGGACAGCGCUCAUUGGCUUGCUGUAGACACCUACGGCAACCUGUUCUACACAGAUGCCAAGGCUGGUGCGAUUUCAAUGAUCAGUUCGGAGGACAUGUCCAAGGGCGUUCCAAAGGGCAGGACUCUGCUGAGCGCAGAGAAGAUGGAGCACAUAGCUGGCCCUGCUGGCAUUGCGGUGGAUGCGACAGAUCUUUACUGGGCCAACCUGAAGGGCGACCAGAAGACGGGCACCCUGCUGAAGGCACGGCCAGCCAAAACAAAGUCUGCCAAGAUCCUCUCUGGGACAAGCGAUAUGUAUCAGGCCAUGGUCAAAGACGUCUGCCUGGCUGGCAGCAAUGUGUUUUUCACCGGUGACGGGGAAUCACUGUUUGCCAUGAAGGCAGACGGUUCCAGCAAAGUCGCGGAAGUCGCGCGGCUGCAACAACCGCGAGGAUGUGCAUAUGACAAGGAGAACACGCUGUUCGUUGCCGACAGCGGCAGCAACUCAGUGGUUUCGCUUCCUGCCAACAUGGUGAAUCCGCGUGCGGUGAUAAACGUCACGCAGGUGGCGUCGGUGCAAGGCCCACAUCAGAUCGGCGUCUUCUUUGGUCCAUCAUCAAGCAAGUUCUUGCAGCAUUUGUCUCAAUAA